GGCGGUCCCGGGGACCAGCCAAUCAAGAACGAGGCUACGCCCUGCGCAGCAGCCGACGUCGGCGGUUCCAGCCCCAGCCCCCGAAUAAAUCAACCCGGCGCCAGGCCGAGUUGCACUGAGAGUUGACCCCGCCCCCGGAACCGCGGCUGCCGCCGGCCUUAAAGGGGCAACGGCAUGCCGGCGCCAGCGACUGCAAUUAAAAGGGCAACGCCAUCGACUCGCUGUCUUACAACAUACUAACUUGCGGUAGACAGCGUAUAGCCUAACCCGUUUCUCACAGGACUCUCAGCCUACAAGGUGGCAUGGAUUGAGGAGAGAAACAGUAAAAAUAGAUAGGUAGAUAAAACGUCGCAGGGGGAGAAGCCUAGAGUGUGUCCCCUGGGAAUUGCAUGCUGGGAAUGGCACUUUUUUUCUGCGCAGCCCUCUCUCCUCCCGACCACAGGGGGCGCUAGACAACCGGCUUCGGGACGGCGCGCCCAUUGGCUCCCUGACUAGACGCCGGGGAGGGGAGAGGGCGGAGUUUGAGGGGAAGCGUCCGCUUUGCGGUUUGGGGCGGAGCGCUGCGUACUUCUCUCCGAUUUGCUUUCAGGACUAUGAUUUGAUAACCACCACCGGGUGGCUUGGAGGUCCCCGAGAUUUCUUCCUCAACAGCAGUCCCUCAUUUUUUAGUUCUAGACUGAAGUUCGAAGAACUCAUCGUUUGGCUGAAAUUAGCAUCACAUUUCUCAAACUUGCUUGGAAAGGAAACCCUAACGGCGGAAGAGAGUUAAUUGUAUGGCCCGCCAUUUAUUUGGAGUUUCUUAUUUUGUCUUAAAAAUGAGGAAUUUUGCAGUUUAUUUUGUGGCACAUUCUUAUUUGUUUUAAUUGAGAACGUUUAAAAUUACCGGUUAUACCUUCUCAGGUGAACCAGCUCUUUUCCUGUGGCUUCACCUGACCGCCUGCCACCGCCUCCUCAACCCCCGUAGUGUUCCUUUGGACCAAACCGGUUUGAGAUAUGGAAGAAUCAACUUCUGACCACUGUCACUUAGUACCUAAGUACUGGGGAGCUCAGUAUCUUGGCAGUUUGCUCAAAGUCAAUUUACGUUAUUAGUUUUAAGCUUUUCCUACCGCUUUGACGGCUUAGCCUAAGCCCCCAUGCUUUCCUUGAGGGCCAAAGUUCUAGUCUCACCGAGUUGUCUUCGUGAUUGGUCUGGUCUUGCCUGACCUAGUGAUGUCUGUCUUCAUUAUGUAGAGUGACACUCUGAAUAAGACCUAAGAGAAGCCACAGGGGCUUCUUUUUAUCUUCCGAAAAUGGUUGUGUUAGGAAAACCUUGAUGUCAGCAACAUAAAUAUCUAUUUUCUGAGUUAGCCUUGAAACCAGUCUCUUAAUCCUAACCUUACUGUUCCCUUCGUUGUUUUCAGUCUUAACCAUUUGCAUCUGUCUUUGGUCAAAGCGUUCUUCGCCUUGUGGGGUUUUGCCUCCCCCUACCUCUCCCCCCGCCCACCGCAUUUCUGAUUUAGUUUAACAUUUCUUUUAUUUCUUUAUUUUCCAAGUAUCUCACAAACUUUUUUUCUUAGUUAUCUUUUUUAAAAAUAUAAAAGAUAUGAUUUUUUUUUUCCUAUUAAGGGCUGGUUUUUCCAGUUUUUUUGUUUCUGUAAAAAUUUCCGCUUUUGUCUUUUGGAUUAACAUGAACAAAGAAACAAUUUUCUCAGACACUCUGCUGACUUGUUUUAUGUUCUCUCUGGGUGCUCUGUUGGUGCAGUGGUUAAGAGCUAUGGCUGGCUGGUGGGCAGUUUGAAUCCAACAGCUGCUCCUUGGAAACCCUAUGGGGCAGUUCCACUCUGUACUAUAAGGUCACUGUGGGUCAGAAUCAACUCAACAGCAAUGGGUUUGGGUUUUUUUGAUUCUGUGUGCAUAACACUUGGUCUUGCACUAGACCACAGGCAUCCUCCACUAGGGGCCUAGUUUUGGUUCAGGUUCCAGUGUCUUCUAGCUGUGUGACUUGGGGCAGGCAUCCUAUCUCUUUCAACCUCAGUUUCCUCUUCUGUACAUUAGGUAAUAGUUGUUGCAAGGAUCUAAUGAAGUAAUAUUUGUGAAAGCACUUGAGAGAUCUUAAAGAUACAGGGUACUUAUCUGGCCAAAUGCCCUAUAACUUCUCACGCUCUUCCUAGCUGAGUUAGAGCUAGUUAUUUCGUUGAUGUUUUAUGCAUAGAGCGAAUUGCAAAGUUCACCUGGUGAAUAUUCCUAGUGUGGUAAAGUAAGCAGCUUCUUAAUUUAAACCACCAUAGAAGAGCUGGAUGUAGAAGAGUUGGGUCCGAAAUGUCAGGACAUCCAAAUAACAGAAUUGUUUUAAAAAAUUCUUUAAAAAAAAAAUCUUUUAAAUUAUGGUAUUAGACUAAAUAAUGUAAGUUUAUCUAUUAAGAAUUAUAGUUCUUUAUAGAAGGUAGAAUAUUUUUACUUUGCACAUCUUAUGCAUUGUCAUUCUUUAUAGUGAACAUGCAUCAUUUUUACAAGGACAGUCAAGUCCAUGGCACGUGGCAGUUUGACUAGUUGGUGAUGCUGCAGCAGCCCAGUGUCUGAGCUGUGGCCAAGGUGGAGUGGAAUGGCUCUUGCAGUGACAUCAUGGCAGUCUGAUUGAUAAUGCAUAAAUGGUGAUAGUAGUUCUCAGUCACUUAUGCUUUGGUUGGUAACAAUGUCAACCUCUGGAAAUGUUAGUCCAGAAAAGGCUAGAUCCAGGAGAGGUUGGAUCCCAGACAUUUCUGGGAAAACAAUUUAUUGCAGCAUGUGUUGGCAAGUAUUUUGCCGAUGUAAAUUUUUUUCAUUUGUUCUUUUUGUUUUUUGCCUGUAGAAAAUAGCCUCUAAGUGUUCUGCUUGUUGCAUUUAGCUAAGGAAGGGAAGGUGAUAUUAUCCCUAUUUUAUAGACAAAGGAGCUUGCCCAAAGCCUUGUAACAUUCAGUUUCCCAUUGUGAAUUAGAAUUGGUACUUGCAAUGAUCCUUUUCUCAUUAUCAUUCUGAAAAGAUUGACAGAACUAAUUGUAUUCAUUUUUGUUCUUGUCUCUCACAGGUAUGAGGAAAGGGAAAACAACCCCACCCCACCCCCAAGAAAAAACCUUUUAAAAAUCUUAGAUCUUUUUUAUUUCCACGUAUUUGGAUAUUUAAAGAAGAUUAUUUGAAGACUGCUUUUGGAAUCAAAUAGCAUGGAUCCCAGCAGUGACUACCAUUUCCUCAAUCAGAUUUUGUGGAGAAGGGUGAAACUCACAUUGGUUUGUGGCGUCUUCGAGGGGGUGCUCCAGCAUGUGGACCCUAACAAGAUUGUUGUCCUGAAGAAAGUGAAGAAUGUGGAAACCGGUCGAAGCGUGCCAGGAGUGAAGAUGUUUUUUGGGCAUGAGAUUGUGAAUGUAGAACUACUGGAUGAAGUGGAACAAGGUGCAGUGAGAGAGGAGACAUCUUCUGUUAGUCAAAAUACAGAAAGAAACAAGAUGGAUAAAAUGAAAGAUGAAUACCUAAGUACAUGUAAGCCUGCUUCUUCUGCCCCUGAGGCACCAGCCACUUCUCUGCUGAAUGACUUUAAGUACAACCCUUCAGAGGAAGAGGACGUAACAUACAGGGUGAUUGAUCAGUUCCAGCAGAAGUUUGGGGCCGCAAUGCUCCAUAUCAAGAAGCAGAGUGUCCUGAGCGUGGCAGCAGAAGGAGCUAAUGUGUGUCGCCAUGGGAAACUAUGUUGGCUUCAGGUGGCCACAAAUAGCCGGGUUUACUUAUUUGACAUUUUCCUUCUGGGAAGUCGUGCUUUCAACAAUGGACUCCAGAUGGUAUUAGAAGACAAGAGAAUUUUGAAGGUUAUCCAUGACUGUCGUUGGCUUUCUGACUGUCUGUCUCACCAGUAUGGAAUUUUGCUGAAUAAUGUCUUUGACACACAGGUAGCAGAUGUCCUUCAAUUUUCUAUGGAAACUGGUGGCUUUCUUCCAAAUUGCAUUAGUACUUUGCAGGAGAGUUUAAUCAGACACCUUAAAGUAGCCCCCAAAUAUGUCUCCUUUCUAGAAGAGAGGCAAAAACUGACCCAGGAAAACCCAGAAGUAUGGUUCACACGACCUCUUUCGCCUACUCUGUUGAAAAUUUUGGCCCUGGAAGCUACCUACCUGCUACCCCUUCGCUUGGUACUCCUAGAUGAAAUGAUGUCUGACCUAACCACCCUGGUGGACGGGUACUUAAAUUCCUAUCGAGAGGGGUCUGCAGUCCGGCUUGGAGGCAUGGAGCCUACCUGUAUGGAGCUGCCAGAGGAGCUGCUUCAACUCAAGGACUUCCAGAAGGAGCGCAGGGAGAGAGCUGCCAAAGACUACAGUGUGAAUGCACGGGGUCUUCUAGUAAGGACAGGGCUACAGCCAAAGAAACCAGUGACAAAGACAGCAGGGAAGGACGAAAAAGUGAGAGGUGUCUUCCACUGCAAAAGUUCUAGGGGAGACAAAGCUCCGGGUUUUACAUCUCACGAAUCUCAUGAGGAUGUGAAUUUAUUGAAAGAAGAAUCUCAGAGGAAACAGACUAAAAUAAAACCUCGACAUCUACCUCCCCUAAAGGAAGCGGAAGCCAGUGAAGGCUCCAGUCAUAAAUUUAAUUGCCCUGGCUCCAAGGGGUCAGAGGACCAAAGAAUAACUCAAAAAGAAUACAUUAUGAUACCCAAACAUGAGCUUCAGGCAAGUUUAUCUUUGAAAGAGGAGAUAGAACAGUUAUUGAUGGUGGAAAACAAGAAAGAUUUAAAAUGUAUGAAACGCGAUGUUUCAUUGUCUCCAAGUGACACCUUGCAUCCUUUAAGAAAAAGUGCGCUUUCACCACUUCCUCCCUGCCCAGCCUUGGAGAAGCCUGACUCCUGGCUAAAUCCCCCUCUAAUUCUGCCUUAGAGAAGCAGUUUGUUCUUCCGGUCACAAAGGGGGCUCAUUUCCCUGCCAUCAGGGCCUUCCUUUGGAGCUUAUAGCUCAGGGCUUAAGUUUCUCCUGUAAACUUAGUUAUGACUUAGUCACAGGCUUCCAGGAAAAGUAUAUCCUCUGGCCUGUGCCUACAUUUCUCUUACUUGGAUCAGGAACGGAAUGAAUAAGUUAAAUAAUGGAAGAAAGUAAAAUUGGGAUGAUGUCACUGUGCAGAAAUGUGUCCAGUGGCCAGACUGAAUUAUUUCUCAUGAUUCAGGUUUAGGGAAGGAUUUGAAGAAGGGGAAAAUCUUGGGUUUAGUGUCAGAAAGAAUCUAUACUUUUUCAAUUUUGUUUUGAGUUAUUUUUUUGAAUUUUAGUUUGGUUUGUGGGUGUUGGUAAAACUCUGCCGUAAGUUUUUAAAAAAUUGGCACCCAACAACUUUACCAUUCCUUUUCUCCUUUUAAAAAUAUUAACUUUACUUCUGAAUUAUUGAAUAAACAUGACUGUCUUAUGUCAUCGAUAAACAGUAAUAUUAUAGGUAUCAAUAACCCAGUUUUAAUUUAUUUUUUCUUCAUUUACUUUCCAAAGAUUUUGUCCAUUUUCCUAACAGAGGCUCUGGGUUUCUUUAUAGUACAUAAGGUCACUAUGAGUUAGAGCUGACUUGACAAAUUAACAAUGACAUU